AUGCAAAUCUUUGUGAAGACCCUCACGGGCAAGACCAUCACCCUCGAGGUCGAGCCCUCUGAUACGAUCGAGAAUGUGAAGGCAAAGAUCCAGGACAAGGAGGGCAUCCCUCCCGACCAGCAGCGUCUCAUCUUCGCCGGUAAACAGCUCGAGGACGGCCGCACCCUUUCGGACUACAAUAUCCAGAAGGAGUCGACCCUCCACUUGGUCCUCCGACUCCGUGGUGGUGCCAAGAAGCGCAAGAAGAAGAACUACACCACCCCCAAGAAGAACAAGCACAAGAAGAAGAAGGUUAAGCUGUCGGUGCUUAAGUUCUACAAGGUGGACGACAACGGCAAAAUCACCCGACUCCGACGCGAGUGUGAGAACAAGGAGUGCGGCGCCGGCGUCUUCAUGGCAAAUCACUUUGACCGUCACUACUGUGGCCGGUGCAACCUGACCCUCGUCUACAACAAGCCCGAGGAGAAGUGA